CAAUCCAAAGCCACUUACGGGAACACUGACGUCACCGCCGGUCACAUUUGACGGCCAUGACUACCAUCAACCAUAUUCCCAAUCACUUGUGCCCGGAUCCGUCUCUAUCUCUUCGUGUCUAUCUUAUCCUGCAUCGCCGGAGGACGAUAGCACCAGCGGCACCCAAUGGAGUCAGCUAAUCGACCACGUCCGCCCGCACCCGGCGGCCGCGAGGACUGUUGGAGCGAGGGCGCCACCGGAGCUCUGAUCGAGGCGUGGGGAGACCGUUUCAUUAACUGUAAUCGCGGCAACCUUCGUCAGAAGGAUUGGAAGGAGGUUGCAGAAGCCGUUAACGGGCGCCAGGACGGGGUCAAGCCCCCUAGAACGGAUGCCCAGUGCAAGAACCGGAUCGACACCUUGAAGAAGAAAUACAAGCUCGAAAAAUCCAAGCCUCCUCCUUCAAAUUGGCCGUUUUUUAACCGGUUGAAGUGCUUGAUCGGCGACUCAAACUCCGCCGGGAAAAAACCCGCCAACGUCGCCUUGGCAAUCGCACCCAAACUUAGACCUGACCCUAAUUCGAGCUCAAGCCCAGUAGUUUAUUCGGGUGGGUCGAGGUCAAAGUCAACUGAGAGCUCAUAUGAUGGUGGUGGUGGUGAUGACGAUGAUGAGGAUGAGGAUAUAGGAUUUGAUGGGAGACCGGUAAGGAAGCGACGUCGGAUGGAGGAUGUAGAGCUAUCCGACAGGGUUGCGUGUAGGGAAUUUGCGAGGGCUAUAUUGAAGUUUGGGGAGAUAUACGAGAGGAUCGAGAGCUCGAAGCAGCAGCAGAUGAUGGAGCUGGAGAGGCAGAGGAUGGAGUUCACUAAGGAUCUCGAAUUUCAGAGAUUGAAUAUGUUUAUGGACGCUCAAUUGGAGGUUGUGAAAGCUGAAUCUAAACGAUCAAAGUUGGCCGCAAGAUCAGAUUCUUCAACAGGGACAAAAUUAUAGUUGAGAGCACAAGAAGACUUUGUUUCCAAUAGAGAAGUUAUGUCUGAAGAUAUCCCAUGAAAGCCGAUUUCAGUCUUUUGUUGUACAAUAGAAGUCCCACCACUCCACUGUGUUAUAUCAUCCUGGAAGAUUGGGUUUGAAGCAUUUGAAGAUACUGCAUCCAUGGCUGUAACUUACAGUGUAUACAUGAUAGUUGUUUCCCUAACUGCUUUCUUGUACUCUUGGAUACUCUACUACUGUGUCAACUUUUGUAUUCCUUUCAUUCAAUAGAUGCCCAUGUCCAAUCUGUUAUGUAUCUCAUUGAGAACAAAUUCAGUUAUUUAACUUUCUGUAAAGGCUUCAGUAUUCCGAAAUUCGAGGCAUCCUGACUUAUUCAGAUGAAUUUCCGACUGGUUUUAA